GUUUCACUGUGAAAGAAUUCGCCCAGCCUGCUGCAGUCCAACAGUUCAUUAUCCCCCUCCUAAUUACAGACCAAGCUGCAUGCUUUCUUUUGCUUUUAUAGCUCCCUAAUAUGCUAUUUGUGUCAGUUUGUCGGAGAAACCCGGCAGUGUUUAACCCCGUCUGCGCCCGACUCGCAGCGCUGUGGCUCAGUCAGGGCUCUAGGAAUCCAGCUGUGUCUCCAUGGGCCGCGGAGCAGGCCUCUUUCAUUCUGUCCCCUCCCCGCCCCUCCACACGGCCGCCUGCAGGGGCACAGCGGCACCGCGGAUCGCCUCGCCGGGCACUGUGCGGGGGUACAGAGGAGAGACUUGCCCCACGCAUCGGCGCGCUGCUGAGAGACCGGCCUCAACAGCGCCGCCCUGGUGGUGCUCGCGCGCCGGUGUCGUCCGCCAGCUGGAGUGCCUCGUACGGUGCAUGCCUGUACUCACGCUUCUAGAAGUUUUUACACGUCAUUAAAGUUUCAAUGUAAUUGUGAAAGAUGAGGACCUCUGAGCAUCUGUAUCCUGUUACAGCCUGGGAUCCAGUGGCCGACUCUCUUUCUCUGAUUGAGUUUCCUGCACCUGAUACCCCUCCUGGAAAGACAGCGGGUUUGCGGCAGAAGAGCUUGUCUGCAGAGUCAGAACCGCUGGGCCCUCAGACCCGAAUCACCCCGGCAGUGAUUCCACAGCAGGCGAGCGAGGAGCCCGGCCUGCUGCGGUCAGACCCUGCAUCAGCAGUCCGUGGGAGCCGCGCAGGUUUCGUUUCAGGGCGCGGUGAGGGGGAGCCCCCGGUCUGUAAGGAGCUCCCAUUUCCCAUUUCCAUGACAUCAGUGGCUCAUUGAAAAUGUGCAGCGAACCCCCCCGCAGACGGACACCCCCCUGCUCGAAGGUGAGCCGGUUUCGAGAAGGGGCAGCCCCGCUCGCAGGGCGCUGGGCUGGAGCUGCUCGUCUCUCUGCCGUCAAUUAUAGAUGAGCCCCGGUAUCAUCCUGACACCCUGUCCUCCACACCGGGGAGGAGGGAGUGUGGGCGUCAAUAAUUCACCGCCAAUCUGGUGUCAGUGCCCUCGUCUCGGACCGGCAGUCUGCGUGCCAGUCAGCGCCGGAGUCAGGUCGGCGCCGCGGAUUCGGAGCUCUCCAGGAUUCGGGAACGCUGCUCCGACGUGGUUCUGGGUAGCUCUCCCGCACACGAUGGCACCAUGGGGGGCGCGCUAGCCGGGGCGCACGUCCUCUCCCUGACUCUCUGUCUCCUCCUCGGCGUCCUGCGAGGCCUGGAGAUCCUGAGCCCGGGGGAGGUGGAGUACAAGCGCGUCCUGACCAAGGGCGUCCUGGGCCGCUCUGUCGUGCUGGAGUGUGGCUCCACCCUGCCCAGCAUCUACAUCUGGGGCUUCACGCUGCCCGGCUCCGAGGGCACCCGCGCGCUGGUCUACAACUACGGCCAGGGCCCGCGCCUGCAGAAGCUGGCCAGCAGCCUGGGCGAGGUCAGCGUGGUCUCCGCCAGCGCCGCGCUGGUCAUCGACAGGCUGCCCCUGGCCGCCGAGGGGCUGUACACCUGCCAGGCGCUGUACGAGUCCCAGGACGGCGUCCGGCUCAGCUACUUCUACAUCCAGCUGCUGGUGCUGGUGCCCGUGUCCAAGCCCUCGGUGCGGCUGAGCGAGCCCACCCCGGUGGAGAGCAGCGCCGCGUGGGCGCAGUGUGGGCUGGAGAACGGCACGGGCCCGGUCCAGUUCGAGUGGGAGCGGGAGGGCCGCGGCGGCGUGAGGGCCGGGGUCCCCGAGGCCGACGGCAGCCUGGUCAACCUCACCAGGGUCAGCCGCAACCACACGGGCUGGUACAGCUGCCUGGCGCGCAACGAGGUCAACGAGCAGCGCAGCGACCGCGCCUGGCUGGACGUCAUCUACGGGCCGGACGAGCCCAUGAUCAACAUCACGCCCUACGCGGUGACGGAGCGCGGCUUCUCGGCGGUGGAGCUGGAGACGGUGUCCCUCCUGUGCCAGGCGCCCUCCAACCCGCCCAGCCAGUACGUCUGGUUCUACAACAACUCGCAGGUGUCCGCCGGCCAGCAGUUCACCAUCAGCAGGAUCCUGCGCAUGCACACGGGCUACUACACCUGCCUGGCCCAGAACUCCUACCUCAACACCCGCACCAAGGCCACCGUCACGCUCACCGUCUACUACCUCCCCGACAGCAGCCCCACCUGCGCCGUCCUGCCCGCCAGCAACUACACCGGCCUCCUGCUCUGGUGCUCCUGGGAGGGGGGCUCCCCGGCCGCUGAGCUGCGCUGGACCCCCUCUGCGCCCGGGGGCACCGGCGGUGAGGCAGAGCCCACCCUCUCCAACGCCACCCAGAUCCGCGCGGGUGCCCAGACCCCCGACAACUCCACCUUCUCCUGCCGCGCAACGCACCCCGCGCUGAGAGCCGCGGCCCAGUGCAACGUCACCGUGGUGCUGCCCCCUGGUGAGCCGCGCUGCUUCGCGGUGGCGACGCGGAACAACGAGUACCUGAUGCUGUCCUGCGCCUGGGAGGGCGGCGCGCCGCGGGCGCUGCUCUGGUGGGCGGCGGGCGACGGGGCCGUGCUGGGGAGCUCCGAAGAGAACGCCAACAUCCUGGUGUUCAAGUCCAGCGGCACCUACAGCGGCAAGGAGUUCGUGUGCCGGGCCAAGCACCCGCUGUCCGCUGCCAGCAGGCAGUGCCAGCUGAAACUGGAGGCCCCAGUGCUGGUGACGCAGCGCAGCGUGGUGUCCGUGUACGAGGGCAGUGACGUCCAGCUCACCUGCGUGCUCAAGGCCACCUACCCCGCCUCCGAGAUCACCUGGUACAACAACCAGAACCAGCAGGUCUGGGACGCCCCUCAGAAGUACCUCCUGCACCGCGAGGCCUCCUGGUCCAACCUGACCGUCCGUGAAACUGACGGCAGCCGGGACAGCGGCCAGUACUGGUGCUCGGCCACCAACGCCGUGGGCGGGGCGCAGAUCCCCAUCACCCUCAACGUGCGGAGGUACCCCAGCCCCCCGAACGUGACGAUCAGCAAGAUCCUGUACAACAGCCGCCAGCGCACCGAGAUCGACCUGCAGUGGGCCACCCAGGGCUCGGGCGACCUGACCGGCUUCAUCGUGGAGCAGCGGUUGUCCCGGCGCUCCGGCGCCAAGCCGGCCCCCGCGGGCGGCGCCUGGGAGACGGUGGCCGGCCAGAUCGAGCCGCAGGUCCGCGAGCACAAGCUGGGGGGCCUGGACCCGGCCACGCAGUACGCCUUCCGCAUCAUCGCCGUCAACCACCGCACCCGCGGGCACCCCUCCGAGGUCAAGACCCCAGCGGAUCCCCCGUUCAAUGCUUACCCAGCAGUCAUUGGGGCAGCCAUCGCGGGGAUGAUCGUGGCCACAGUGGGUACUGUGCUGGUGUUCCAGUACGUCGUCAGGAACCGCGCUGACAACCCCCGUCUGCACAACAUGUUCUUUGGCAUACAGCCUGCGGAGUCCAGGGAGAACAUAAGCUACCCCGAGGAUGAGCAGGGGCCAGAGGCGGGAGAAGAGGGCCACACUCCUGCCUCCAGCACAGAAGAGGCUCCCUCAGGCUCCUCCCCUCCUUCACAGGCCCCUCCCCCUGGCGAUGGCAACGAGCCCGUCAACGUCACCAUCACCGUCACGGCAACCAGCUGAGAGGCAGCACAGCAGAGGCAUGUCCCUCACUCACGCAGUCCCAAAGCACAGACACAGCACACAGCACACAGCACACAGCACACAGCACAC